CAAACCUAGAUCCACUUUAUCUUCUUCCUCCUUUCCUCCUCUAUGCUCACCCUUCUUUCUUCUUCUUAUUCUUUCUCUCUCUCUCCCUGCUUCUCUCAAACCCAGAUCUGGGUUUGAGAAAAACCCAAAUCGUGGCUUAAGAAAAACCCAGAUCGUGGCUUGAGACAAACCCAUAUCUGGGUUUGUCUCAAGCCCAUCCUUUGGCCCUCAAAUCCCCCCUCAAUCACCUUCCUUAACCAACCUUCCUUUCCCUCCUCAUCCUUCUUCUUUCUUAUUCUUUCUCUCUCUCUUCUCAUUUAUUCUUCCUCUCCAAAUCAAAAUCUAGAUUUGGGUUUUUCUGAAACCCCGAUCUUGGUUUGUUUUAAAAAAAUUAAUCAAGAAAAAAAUCCAGUUUCCUUAAGGUUAAGGAACCCAGAAAUUGCACUGUGCUUGAAAGGAUCUAUGCCGCAGUACAGAGCAAGAAGCAGGAACAACACACCCAAAACUCCCAUCGGAGUCAAUGGGGUAUGUCUUUAUUUCGGAUUCAAGAAGUUUGAUCGUUCUGUCACCGUAGCACGUGGGUUAAGCCUUCUAUUCUGUGCGAGUAAGGAAGCGAAACCGAGGACGGGGAAACCAAGGGGAAUGAUGAGGUAGAAGGCUAGCCAUUCUAAUUGGAUAUGAAAUUUUAGAUUUUAUCAUCCUUUUGUAAGGUAGAUUUUAUUCUUGAGAUUUUGUGAUUUGAGUAAGUUUCGAGCCUUGUGCACUUGUGGGACCCGUCUCACGAGUACAUCGCGUAUGCUACGUCCCCAGAUUUGGGUUUUGGGGCGUGACAAGAAAUAAGCGAACAAUGAAUUAUAGUGUCUGUG